AUGGCCGGGGCCCAACCCGGAGUGCACGCCUUGCAACUCAAGCCCGUGUGCGUGUCCGACAGCCUCAAGAAGGGCACCAAAUUCGUCAAGUGGGAUGAUGACUCUACUAUUGUUACUCCAAUUAUUUUGAGGACCGACCCUCAGGGAUUUUUCUUUUACUGGACAGAUCAAAAUAAGGAGACGGAACUGUUAGAUCUCAGCCUUGUCAAGGAUGCCAGAUGUGGGAAACAUGCCAAAGCUCCCAAGGACCCCAAAUUACGUGAACUAUUGGAUGUGGGGAACAUCGGGCGCCUGGAACAUCGCAUGAUAACGGUGGUGUACGGGCCUGACCUAGUCAACAUCUCCUAUUUGAAUCUCGUGGCUUUCCAAGAAGAAGUGGCCAAGGAAUGGACAAAUGAGGUUUUCAGUUUGGCAACAAACCUGCUGGCCCAAAACAUGUCCAGGGAUGCAUUUCUGGAAAAAGCCUAUACUAAACUUAAGCUGCAAGUCACUCCAGAAGGGCGCAUUCCUCUCAAAAACAUAUAUCGCUUGUUCUCAGCAGACCGAAAGCGAGUUGAAACUGCCUUAGAGGCUUGUAGUCUUCCAUCUUCAAGGAAUGAUUCAAUACCUCAAGAGGAUUUCACUCCAGAUGUGUACAGAGUUUUCCUGAACAACCUUUGCCCUCGACCUGAAAUUGAUAACAUCUUUUCCGAAUUUGGUGCCAAAAGCAAACCAUACCUUACCGUUGAUCAGAUGAUGGAUUUUAUCAACCUAAAGCAGCGAGAUCCCCGGCUAAAUGAAAUACUUUACCCACCUCUAAAACAAGAGCAAGUCCAAGUAUUGAUUGAAAAGUAUGAACCCAACAACAGCCUCGCCAAAAAAGGACAGAUAUCCGUGGAUGGAUUUAUGCGUUACCUGAGUGGAGAAGAAAAUGGAGUCGUUUCACCUGAGAAACUGGAUUUGAAUGAAGACAUGUCUCAGCCGCUUUCUCACUAUUUCAUUAAUUCCUCGCACAACACCUACCUCACAGCUGGCCAGCUGGCUGGAAACUCCUCUGUUGAGAUGUACCGCCAGGUGCUCCUGUCUGGUUGUCGUUGUGUGGAGCUGGACUGCUGGAAGGGACGGACUGCAGAAGAGGAACCUGUCAUCACCCACGGAUUCACCAUGACAACUGAAAUAUCCUUCAAGGAAGUGAUAGAAGCAAUCGCGGAGUGUGCAUUUAAGACUUCACCUUUUCCAAUUCUCCUGUCAUUUGAGAACCACGUGGACUCCCCAAAGCAGCAGGCGAAGAUGGCAGAGUACUGCCGACUGAUCUUCGGGGAUGCCCUUCUCAUGGAGCCGCUGGAAAAAUACCCACUGGAAUCUGGAGUUCCUCUUCCAAGCCCUAUGGAUUUAAUGUAUAAAAUUUUGGUGAAAAAUAAGAAGAAAUCCCACAAGUCGUCAGAAGGAAGUGGCAAAAAGAAGCUGUCGGAACAAGCCUCCAACACGUACAGCGACUCUUCCAGCAUGUUCGAGCCCUCAUCUCCCGGAGCCGGGGAAGGUGACACGGAGAGUGACGACGAUGAUGAUGAUGAUGACUGUAAAAAAUCUUCAAUGGAUGAGGGUACUGCUGGGAGCGAGGCCAUGGCCACAGAAGAGAUGUCUAACCUGGUGAAUUACAUUCAGCCAGUCAAAUUUGAGUCAUUUGAAAUUUCAAAAAAAAGAAAUAAAAGUUUUGAAAUGUCUUCCUUCGUGGAAACCAAAGGACUUGAACAACUUACGAAGUCUCCAGUAGAAUUUGUUGAAUACAACAAAAUGCAGCUUAGCAGAAUAUAUCCAAAAGGAACUCGUGUGGAUUCUUCCAACUACAUGCCUCAGCUCUUCUGGAAUGCAGGUUGUCAGAUGGUUGCACUUAAUUUCCAAACAAUGGACCUGGCUAUGCAAAUAAAUAUGGGAAUGUAUGAAUACAAUGGAAAGAGUGGCUACAGAUUAAAGCCGGAAUUCAUGAGGAGGCCUGACAAGCAUUUUGAUCCAUUUACUGAAGGCAUCGUAGAUGGGAUAGUAGCCAACACUUUAGCUGUUAAGAUUAUUUCAGGUCAGUUUCUUUCUGAUAAGAAAGUCGGGACUUACGUGGAAGUGGAUAUGUUUGGUUUGCCUGUGGACACAAGGAGGAAGGCAUUUAAGACAAAGACGUCGCAAGGAAAUGCUGUAAAUCCUGUCUGGGAAGAAGAACCUAUUGUGUUCAAAAAGGUGGUUCUUCCUUCUCUGGCCUGUUUGAGGAUAGCAGUUUACGAAGAAGGAGGUAAAUUUAUUGGCCACCGGAUCUUGCCAGUGCAAGCUGUUCGUCCAGGCUAUCACUACAUCUGUUUGAGGAAUGAAAGGAACCAGCCUCUGAUGCUGCCAGCUGUCUUUGUCUACAUAGAAGUGAAAGAUUACGUGCCAGACACUUAUGCAGAUGUGAUUGAAGCUUUGUCCAACCCAAUCCGAUAUGUGAAUCUGAUGGAGCAGAGAGCUAAGCAACUGGCUGCUUUGACACUGGAAGACGAGGAAGAAGUAAAGAAAGAGGCUGAUCCUGGGGAAACACCGUCAGAGGCUCUGAGUGAAGUCAGGACGACUCCAGCAGAAAAUGGGGUGAAUCAUACUACAUCCCUGACACCCAAACCACCCUCCCAGGCUCUCCACAGCCAACCAGCUCCAGGUUCAGUAAAGGCACCUGCCAAAACAGAAGAUCUUAUUCAGAGUGUCUUAACAGAGAUAGAAGCGCAGACGAUUGAAGAGCUAAAGCAACAGAAAUCGUUUGUGAAACUUCAAAAGAAGCACUACAAAGAGAUGAAAGACCUGGUUAAGAGACACCACAAGAAAACCACUGACCUUAUCAAAGAACACACUACAAAAUAUAAUGAAAUUCAGAAUGACUACUUAAGAAGGAGGGCAGCUUUGGAAAAGACCGCCAAAAAGGACAGUAAGAAAAAAUUGGAACCCAGCAGCCCUGACCACGGUUCAUCAACAAUUGAGCAAGACCUUGCGGCCCUGGAUGCCGAAAUGACCCAAAAGUUAAUAGACUUGAAGGACAAACAACAGCAGCAGCUGCUAAAUCUUCGGCAAGAACAGUAUUACAGUGAAAAAUACCAGAAGCGAGAACACAUUAAACUGCUUAUCCAAAAGUUGACAGAUGUUGCUGAAGAAUGUCAGAACAAUCAGCUGAAGAAGCUCAAAGAAAUCUGUGAGAAAGAGAAGAAGGAAUUAAAGAAGAAAAUGGACAAGAAGAGGCAGGAGAAGAUAACAGAAGCUAAAUCCAAAGACAAAAGCCAGAUGGAAGAGGAGAAGACAGAGAUGAUCCGGUCGUACAUCCAGGAGGUGGUGCAAUACAUCAAGAGGUUAGAAGAGGCACAAAGUAAACGGCAGGAAAAACUCGUGGAGAAACACAAGGAGAUACGUCAGCAAAUCCUGGACGAAAGGCCCAAGCUGCAGGUGGAGCUAGAGCAAGAAUACCAAGACAAGUUCAAAAGACUGCCCCUCGAGAUUUUGGAGUUUGUGCAGGAAGCCAUGAAAGGGAAGAUCAGUGAAGACAGCAAUCACAGUUCUGCCCCUCCCUCCCUGGCCUCAGACCCUGGAAAAGCGAACCACAAGCCUCCCUCCAGUGAGGAGCUGGAAGAAGACAACCCAGGAAAGGAGUUUGAUACUCCUCUGUGAUUGCUCCUGCCAGGCCUUCAGAA